GGUGUAGGUCUAUUUAAAGUGUCAGGUUAAAAGGGUUUAAUGAUCUUCAAAGUGGAUCUUCAAAAGGUAAUUUCCUUUGACUUCCACCUUUACAAAGAGGUGUUGAUGGACCGAUAUAAAUACAUUAAUACCUCAGUUAAAAAGAUACAGGGGGUACAAAUAGGCCUACAACUCUCUAGCUCCAUAUCAUUAUUAAAGGAGAGCAAGAGGAGAGAGUGCAUAGUCACACCAGCUUCUCUGGGCCCCUACUUGAACAUGGCAACUCAGAAAUUUUCCAACUUCUCUAUUGAUUACAUCUUGGGAGAUGCCAGCAAACAAACAGCAGAAUCACCUGGAUUGGAUCAUCCAGCAUCUUCUCAGGAUUUCCCAGGGCACUUGACCACACUUGACCUGCUCUCCCAGGAUGGACCUAGAGGUCAUUGUGACCAUGCAGCACUGAUGAUGAACUUUCCAUCAUCAUCAUCCUCAUGGGCAGGAAUGUACAGCUGCUGUGUUCCAGUCUCAUAUUAUCAACCAGCUUUUAAUUCAAAUUACUAUGCAGGUCAACAGUGGCCUUUUGCCGUAUCAGGUUGUGGGACAGCUGAGGAUCACUGCCACCCAACUGUAGCCCAGAAACAGCGCAGUCGAAUCCGAACGGUCUUCACCGACAGCCAGACGGAGCAGCUCGAGCGGCUCUUCGCGCUCACGGACUACCCGACCGCUGAAACCCGGGCGGACUUAGCCAAGAACACCGGCCUCAGCGAGGAGACUGUGCGGGUGUGGUUCAAGAAUCGACGUGCACGCAGAAAGCGACAGACAACGUGCCCUGACAAAAACGCGAGGCGCGCUCCCGAUGAUCAUCAGGAAUCAGAUUAAUGUAUGAUUGAAACGUCAACAUAGGCGGCUCAAUGA